CAAAACAGAAGAGACAGGAAGUUGGCAAGAGUAGACAGCAGAUUUUGUGGAGUGUUAUUUUUGUAUCAUACAAACACCAAUAUGUGAAUUCACCCCCUCAUCACCAUAGAAGCCUACAGGCAGCUAUCACCAUAGCAAUACAUCAUCAUGGCUGAUGACGACAAACCUGACCAUGAAAAUUCCAGUGAAACUGAGAAACAUAUCAAACUGGAUAGAGCAGCCAGUGCACUGUCCAACCAUAGAACUCAGCUAUACUUUGAUGUGGCGGAGACAUGCUGGCCUUUGAUCUACUGCUCAGAGUACAACAUUAGUUUCUGGGGCAUGGAGAAAGUGCAUCCAUUUGAUGCUGGGAAGUGGGGGAGAGUCUAUGAGUUUCUUAAAGAGGCAGGAAUGAUCAGGGAUGACACCACUGUACGACCACGCGAAGCCUCUGCAGAUGACCUGAUGAUUGUCCACCCCAAGAGAUAUCUGGACAGUCUGAAGCUUGCUACUAUUGUGGAUGGUAUUAUCACAGAGUGGAGCAUCACUGUGGCUGGUAUAACAGAGGUGCCACCAGUGGCACUGCUCCCCAACUUCCUGGUCCAACGCAAGGUACUGCGGCCAUUCAGGUACCAGACUGGAGGAUCUAUAUUGGCAGGCAAGUUGGCACUGGAAAGGGGCUGGGCUGUUAACAUCGGUGGCGGCUUUCACCACUGCUCAGCCAAUCAUGGCGGAGGCUUCUGUGCAUAUGCAGACAUCACGCUGGCGAUCAAGUUUGCAUUUGAGUACUGCGGAAUCAGCAAGGCCAUGAUUAUAGAUCUGGAUGCACAUCAGGGCAAUGGGCAUGAGAGAGACUUCAUGACAGAUGACAGGGUCUACAUUCUGGACAUUUACAACAGAGGAAUU